GACGCUAUGGGCUAUGAGUUACCCUGGGUGUAUUUUGUCAGUCUGGUCAUCUUUGGAUCCUUUUUCGUUCUAAAUCUGGUUCUCGGUGUGUUGAGCGGAGAGUUUUCCAAAGAGAGGGAGAAGGCCAAGGCUCGGGGAGAUUUCCAGAAGCUUCGAGAGAAGCAGCAGCUGGAAGAGGACCUGAAGGGCUACCUGGACUGGAUCACCCAGGCAGAGGACAUCGACCCCGAGAAUGAGGAUGAAGGCAUGGAUGAGGAGAAGCCCCGAAACAGUGAGCAGCCAUCCUGUCUUGGGCUGGGAGAAGAGGAUGAGGAGGAGCCUGAGAUGCCUGUGGGCCCCCGCCCACGACCACUCUCUGAGCUGCACCUUAAGGAAAAGGCAGUGCCCAUGCCAGAAGCCAGUGCGUUUUUCAUCUUCAGCCCCAACAACAGAUUUCGCCUCCAGUGUCACCGCAUCGUCAAUGACACGAUCUUCACCAACCUGAUCCUCUUCUUCAUUCUGCUCAGCAGCAUUUCCCUGGCAGCUGAGGACCCCGUCCAGCACACCUCCUUCAGGAACCAUAUUCUGUUUUAUUUUGACAUUGUUUUCACUACCAUUUUCACCAUUGAAAUUGCUCUGAAGAUGACUGCUUAUGGGGCUUUCCUACACAAGGGCUCUUUUUGCCGAAACUACUUCAACAUCUUGGACCUGCUGGUGGUCAGCGUGUCCCUCAUUUCCUUUGGCAUCCAGUCCAGCGCAAUCAACGUGGUGAAGAUCUUACGAGUCCUGCGCGUCCUCAGGCCCCUGAGGGCCAUCAACAGGGCCAAGGGGCUAAAGCACGUGGUUCAGUGCGUGUUUGUUGCCAUCCGGACCAUCGGGAACAUCGUGAUUGUCACCACACUGCUUCAGUUCAUGUUCGCCUGCAUCGGGGUCCAGCUUUUCAAGGGAAAGCUCUACACCUGCUCAGAUAGUUCCAAACAGACUGAGGCGGAAUGCAAGGGUAACUACAUCACAUACAAGGACGGGGAGGUCGACCACCCCAUCAUCCAACCCCGCAGCUGGGAGAACAGCAAGUUUGACUUUGACAAUGUUCUGGCGGCCAUGAUGGCCCUCUUUACCGUCUCUACCUUUGAGGGGUGGCCGGAGCUGCUGUACCGCUCCAUCGACUCCCACACAGAAGACAAGGGCCCCAUCUACAACUACCGUGUGGAGAUCUCCAUCUUUUUCAUCAUCUAUAUCAUCAUCAUUGCCUUCUUCAUGAUGAAUAUCUUCGUGGGUUUCGUCAUUGUCACCUUCCAGGAGCAGGGGGAGCAGGAAUACAAGAACUGUGAGCUGGACAAGAACCAGCGACAGUGCGUGGAAUAUGCCCUCAAGGCCCGGCCCCUGCGGAGGUACAUUCCCAAGAACCAGCACCAGUACAAAGUGUGGUACGUGGUCAACUCCACCUACUUUGAAUAUCUGAUGUUCGUCCUCAUCCUGCUGAACACCAUCUGCUUGGCCAUGCAGCACUACGGCCAGAGCUGCCUCUUCAAAAUUGCCAUGAACAUCCUCAACAUGCUCUUCACUGGCCUCUUCACCGUGGAGAUGAUUCUGAAGCUCAUUGCCUUCAAACCCAAGGGUUACUUUAGUGAUCCCUGGAAUGUUUUUGACUUCCUCAUCGUAAUUGGCAGCAUAAUUGACGUCAUUCUCAGUGAAACUAAUCACUAUUUCUGUGAUGCAUGGAAUACAUUUGACGCCUUGAUUGUUGUGGGUAGCAUUGUUGAUAUAGCAAUCACCGAGGUAAACCCAGCUGAACAUACCCAAUGCUCUCCCUUUAUGAACGCAGAGGAGAACUCCCGCAUCUCCAUCACCUUCUUCCGCCUCUUCCGGGUCAUGCGUCUGGUCAAGCUGCUGAGCCGCGGGGAGGGCAUUCGGACCCUGCUGUGGACCUUCAUCAAGUCCUUCCAGGCCCUGCCUUAUGUGGCUCUUCUGAUAGUGAUGCUGUUCUUCAUCUACGCAGUGAUCGGGAUGCAGGUGUUUGGGAAAAUUGCCCUGAAUGACACCACAGAGAUCAACCGGAACAACAACUUCCAGACCUUCCCCCAAGCUGUGCUGCUUCUCUUCAGGUGUGCCACAGGGGAGGCAUGGCAGGACAUCAUGCUGGCCUGCAUGCCAGGGAAGAAGUGUGCCCCCGAGUCAGAGCCCAGCAACAGCACAGAAGGCGAAAUGCCCUGUGGCAGCAGCUUCGCGGUCUUCUACUUCAUCAGCUUCUACAUGCUCUGUGCCUUCCUGAUCAUCAACCUCUUUGUAGCCGUCAUCAUGGACAACUUUGACUACCUGACAAGGGACUGGUCAAUUCUUGGUCCCCAUCAUCUGGAUGAAUUUAAAAGAAUCUGGGCAGAGUAUGAUCCUGAAGCCAAGUAA